AUGCAACCAAUUACCAUUGCGGUUCUUACUGUCCUUUGCUCUGUUUCCUGGGCUUGUGUCGAUUUGACAAACCCGGCAACAGGAACUAGUGACUGCCCGAAUAGAGCCAAUCUAUGUACAUCAUCCUCUACCACCGGUACAUCUGUCACUUCCACCACUUCUUCUUCUUCUUCUGCCACGUGUGUCGACCGUACUAAUCCAUCAACUGGAACCAGCGAUUGCACUAGACUUCGUGCUUAUUGCAACAACUCCAUCUACAUCCCAUUGAUGAGAGUUCAGUGCCCAAGAACUUGUAAUUUCUGUACUUCUGGUUAA